UCCAAAAUGUAUUUAAAACGGGGCAGGUGAAACUGAAUCCUGCCUGAGUAGACAGCACUUCUGCCUCAUCAUUCAGAAUCUCCGCUACAACAGCUCCCUCUGUCGCCCGGUCCGCGAAAUGACCUCAGGUUUGACGUCAAGCACUUUUUGUGGACUACAACUACCAGGAGCGACCGCACACCGUGGACAUUGUAGUCCAGUAAAAACGGGCUGCUGUGAGAUUAAUCAACUUCUGCAGCGUUUAGAUAUUUAUUAUAACGAGGUCCUGACCUUUGCGGUGAGGAGCAGAGACUAGCAGGACGGUUUAUCGGUCCGGAUACGCAGGAAAGUCUGUAGCUAUGUUUACAGCCUCGACCGGCGUUACGUUUCCUGGUGUUUUGGGCUGAGUGUGUAUUUUGUGGAGGAUCACGGAGGAGAGGAAUCAAUGAGGGAACCGAGAGAGACCACCAGCGAGACCUCCCAAACCGCGAGACUCUGACUGAAUUUCUGGAGAAGACUGGGGACGAAAAGAAAAACAGCCCCGUGGCUCUGACUGCGGAGGAGAUCACCUGUCAGCUUAUUAGCCGUUGACUUUAGCUAGUUAACAGAGUUAACAGUAGCUAGUUAGCUUCUGUGCGGCUGUGAGACGCUGUGCUGAGUUCUCUGUUGUGUGACCUUAAUGAAUCAGCCCUGCUGUGUUUAGUUAACGUUAGCUGUUAUAUGUAUGAUUCCUCAGCCUUUUCUGGAUGGGAUUCCUUCAUUCGUAGCUUAGCUAGUCCACCCUGGUCCUCUGCCAUACUGUAGAGUUUAGUAAUCUGCCAGCUCAGGGUGUUAACCGACCAUAUCCGGGGAGAUAGCGUUAACGUUAGCGUUGACAUUAACGUAACGUUAUGUCAACAAGCCCUGCUAGCUAGCCGGCCAGUCCAACAGUUAGCUAAUAAACUAGCUGCAUUCAAAGCUAGGGGUAGUUAGCGUUAUGUCUUGCUUGUGACUCACCCGAGAGGUAUCCUUAGCUAGCCAGGUAGAAAGCCAGACCAGUUUUUAGAGUUGCUGUUAGACGGGCUGUUAGUGUAGAUUACCUAGUUAGCUUGUUAAAUUAGCAGUUCAUUCUAUUGCUAGCUCCUUCAGUCCUAUCCUAGCUAGGUUAACUGACUAUAUAUAGUUAACUAUCUUAUUUAAACGGGUAGCUAACAGCUAUUUGUUUGGUUAUCUAACCUAGUUAGCUUACCUAUGUUAACUUAUUUCUGACAAAGCAGCUCAUUUUCGAGCUCCCUCGCUCUAUCUCUUCAUCUCUGAGUGUUUACCCUCGUUUACCCUAGUUAACUAACUAGCUGACCUAGUCCUCGUUUAUUAUUAUUUUUUCUUCCCUCGUUCCCUCGUUGAACUGGAGACGUUAUCCUAGCUAAAGCCGGUGGACAUUACUUGGACCCACAACAGGCUGUAAUUCAUGUUAUAUAACUUCACCCGGCACGCUUUCUUGUUGUGAGAGUGACCAUGAAGAAGUUCUUCGAUUCCCGGAGGGAAAUGGUCGGGUCUGGGCCCGGUUCGGCGGGGGGAGGAGGCGGCGUUGCCGGGUCCGGCAGCGGAGGCACUUUCAUCGGUCGAGUUUUCACCAUCGGCCGCUAUCAGGUGACCGUGGACGAGACCAUUGCUGAAGGUGGUUUCGCCAUCGUGUUUCUUGUGCGCACCCAUCAGGGCGUCCGCUGUGCUUUGAAGAGGAUGUACGUGAACAAUGAACAUGACCUUCAAGUCUGCAAGAGAGAGAUUCAGAUCAUGAGGGAUCUGGUAGGAAACAAAAAUAUCGUCGGCUUCCUGGACUCCAGUAUCACAGCAGUGGGUUCAGGAGAUGUUUGGGAAGUUCUUAUAUUAAUGGACUUCUGUAGAGGUGGUCAGGUGGUGAAUCUGAUGAACCAGAGGCUGCAGACUGGUUUCAGUGAGCCGGAGGUGCUGCAGAUUUUCUGUGAUACGUGUGAAGCUGUGGCUCGACUGCAUCAGUGUAAAACCCCCAUCAUCCACCGAGACCUUAAGGUGGAGAACAUCUUGUUGCAUGACCGAGGUCACUAUGUCCUGUGUGAUUUCGGCAGUGCAACAAACAGGUUCCAGAACCCUCAGGCGGAGGGCGCCGCCACGGUGGAGGAGGAGAUUAAAAAGUACACAACUCUAUCAUACAGAGCUCCAGAGAUGGUGAAUCUGUACGGUGGGAAAAUGAUCACCACCAAAGCAGAUAUCUGGGCCCUGGGCUGCUUGCUGUAUAAGCUGUGUUUUUUCACACUGCCGUUCGGAGAGAGUCAGGUGGCCAUCUGCGACGGCAGCUUCACCAUCCCAGACAACUCACGUUACUCCCAGGAUAUGCACUGCCUCAUACGUUACAUGCUGGAGCCGGACCCCGACAUAAGGCCAGAUAUCUACCAGGUGUCUCAUUUCGCCUUCAAGCUGGCGCGCAAAGACUGCUCAGUACAGAAUGUCCAUAAUUCACCAAUCCCUACAAAACUUCCUGAACCAAUCAGAGCAAGUGAGGCUGUGGCUAAGAAGAGUCAAACUAAAGCCAGACUUACUGAUCCAAUCCCUACAACUGAAACCUCCAUAGCACCACGGCAACGACCCAAAGCUGGCCAGGCUCAGCCAAUCACAGGCAUUCUGCCCAUACAGCCUGCCCUGACACCUAGGAAGAGAGCGAAUGCCCCGGCGGGACCAGCUCAACCAAUCAGUGUGAACCUAGCCUCUCAGCCCGUCACUCCGGUUCAGUCACAGAAGCCCCCAGCUCAGCAGCCUCUUCCUGUGACACAGCAACAAGCUCCCCCUGCCACAGUGCAGGCCUCUCCUUCUCCAUCUCAGCCUGGGCAGCAUGGGCAGCUGUUUGUUCAGCCUCAAGCUGCAGGAUUUUUUCCUCCUCAGCAACCGCUCCCACACCAAGUCCAGAAUCUCUACUCGCCCCAGCAUCAAAACACCAGCUAUCCUGUGCAGACCACUCCAUCUGCACAGGCCAGAGUUAAAGCCAUGGCUCCCCCUCCACCUGUCCAGAACCCACAACCCAGCAGCAUGGCUGCACCAGCCCCGGCUUCUGCCCCAGUUCCAUCCCAAGCACUAGUCCCAAACCCAAUCCCAGCACCAGUCCCAACUCCAACCCCAACCCCAGCAACAGUGCUGGCCAGAGCCAAAGCAAUGGCCCCUGGCCCUCCACCUGCACAGCCCUCUCAGACAAACCCUCCACCUGUCCGCAUAAAAACUAAAGCCAUGGCUCCUCCCCCACCCACACAGCCCCAGCCAACUGCUGCUAGCCCACCUUCCAAUAAAGCUUCCCCGCCUCCACCUCCAGUCUUAGAAGAGGCGGUAGAUCCUGACGUGGAUUCUGAGGAGAUGUCAUUUGCUGGUGGACGUCCAGGCCAUAAAGUGGGCUCUCUGACUCCACCUUCCUCUCCUAAGACAGCCCCCAGAGGAGGACACCGGCGCAUCCUGAGUGAUGUCACACACAGCACCAUAUUUGGAGUCCCUGUUAGCAAGUCCACUCAGUUAUUACAGGCUGCAGCGGCCGAAGCUAGUCUCAACAAGUCCAAAUCAGCCAGCACCACCCCCUCUGGCUCCCCGUGCUCAUCCCAGCAAAGUGUAUAUCCAGCAGGGGAAAGCAGUGCCCUGUCAGCAGCUCCUAAAGCAGGCACCGGAACACAGCCUUCCUGGAACCCUUUUGGUGAUGACAACUUCUCUAAACUCACAGCUGAGGAGCUGCUCAACAAGGACUUUGCCAGACUUGAUGCUAAAGCACCAGAAAAGGCCUCUACAGAGAAUCUGAUUUCAGGUUUGCAGCCCACGGCUCCAAAUAAAGGCUUUCCCCAGGGAACAGAGAAGUUGAUAGAGGGUUUGAAGUCUCCAGAACCUUCCUCCUCCUCUUCCUCCCUGCUUAUCCCUGACCUCCCCCUGAAUGACCCCUUCAGUCCUGCUGACACCACCCAUGCUGGGAUAGAUUCUCUGAUUCCUGGGCUGGAAUCUCUGCAGACUGAUCCUACAUCCGCACCAUUAUCAGACUCUUUGGGUGUAGGAGAUUCACUCCUUGGCCCCCUGCUCUCUUCUCCAUGUUCUGGGGCUCAGAUGCUGACCUUGCCCCUCUCCUCCACCCCUGCUCCGCCUCUGGAUCAGCUCACUCCUGCUUCACUGACCAACACACAGCCCCAUCAGGCUCUGGAGUUGGCUCUGGACAAAAGCCCUGACAGCCAGUUCGACCCCAUUCCAGUCCUCAUCUCCAAAACACCCAACCAAGGUGGUAGCAACAGUGGCAGCUCAGAGACCACUCUGCCCAAUUUGGCCUGCUCCCUGCUGCUGGUGGACCAGCUCAUCGACUUGUAGAAGACACAGAGAGGGUGAUGGGAAGGAAGGGGGGAGGGAGGGAAGGAGAGAUAGAGAGGAAUGCAGAGAAGCUUGCAGGGGAAAAUGUGCAAUUCUUGAACAUAGCUAGACUUCACAGUACAAACUCUCUGAAUUUAAAAACAUCCCAGAACUCUGUGUCCUCCUAAAGUUUACCCGUUUGACCUAUUGACUUGAAAAACUCUCCUCCUCCCAUGUCUGUCUGUCUGUCUGUCUGUCAGUCUAUCCGUCAGUCUUUCUGUCCUUCUGUCUGUCUCUCUGUUGUUCACAUCCAUCACACAGUGUGCCAUUGUUUUUCUGUUGUUCCAUAUCAUUUCCAUUGCUAUGGCUUUUAUUGCUACACUCUUAAUCCACUUUAGAUUCAUAGGCUGAUGCUCAAAAUCCACCUCAGCACAUCUGAACAGCACCAAGUCUUCAUCCUGAAAGUUUACUUCCAAAAGCGCAUCUAAUAUUCGGGCAAACUAUCCAGAAUUGGUUUGUUCCAUUAGGGUUGAAGCUUGUUCAGUUUUGGACCAAAACCAAGCUCCCCUGUCCUAAACAAACAACACUUUGUUCUUGAAAGCAGUAGUUUAAGAUGCCAAAAGGCAAACAUUGUUUUUCUCUAAUCAUAAAUGUGGUAAUGCCGUCAAUCAGGCAAAUCAAGUUUGGUGUCAGAUAUUUGACUUUUCUAGACGUUUUACAAGGCUAACUUUGAGGUAAUUGAAGCUUAUGAACCACAAUUAAAUGUCAAGCACCUGCAGGCCUAAAUCAUCACUCUUAAAUCAGUGGUUAUGGGUGUUCUGUAAUCUGUAAUCUCUAAUAGACUUGCUUAUUUGGUUUCUGAUAUGAUGUACUUACAAGGAGCUGUAUGACAGACUCUCCUUUUUAUAUUAUGUGUAAUUAUCUUAUCUAUUUCAUUCAUAUUAUAUAUCUAUUUUUUUCAUCUAUAUAUCAGUAGUUUUUAGGUAUAACUGGACCAUGAGAUUACAGUUUCGUUCCACCUCUUGUACCACAUUUGAUGCAAAUUACAAAGUCUCCUUGAAUUCUUGAAAUACCCUGUUUUCUAUAGAAAUAAAUCAUAUUACAAACUGUCCUCUAUAGAAAUACCUUGUUACCUAGAGAAACAGACCAUAUUCCAAACUGUCCACUAGAGAAAUGGCUUGUUAUGUGUAGAAAUACACUGUAUGAACUACUGUCGUGGAAAAUGGGACACCCCAAUUAAUACUUUUUAUAUACAUAUUUGAAUACAUGAUCAUGUAAUCUUCAUUUGAACAAAAAUGAGAGGUGGAUGCAAUACACUGAUACACCAUAUAUUGGCGUUAUCACCCACAGUGGACAGAGCUGUGGGUGGUAAUGCCUUUGGUGGGUGAUGUAUUCCUGGUAUACACGUGACACUUUGAAUCACAUUGUCUUGCUAUGAGCACAAUGGGCAUUGUUUAGCCUCAGUCACAAGAUGACACCUCACCCAGCGGUCUAAUGUGCUGCCACUAUGAGCGGGAGGUCGCAGGUUUGAACCCCCACUCAUGCAGCUUUGCCAUCAAGCUGCCGGCGCUCAGAGGGAGCACAAUUGUCUCUGCUCUCUCCGGGUGGGUAGAUGGCGCUCUCUCCCCAACACGCUUACGGUUGCGCCGGGCGGCACGCGGCGUCUGUGAGCGGAUGUAUCAGAACCUAGCCGCUGUGCUUUCCUCCAAGCGCUCCAGCUGCUCAGGCAAUGAUUCAUCAGCAGCAGCUCAAAAAAAAGGGGUGACUGACUUCACACCUGUCAGAGAAGGCGUGUGCUCGUCUGCAUCCUCCAAGAGUUGCAGGUGCCACCGGUGAUGGGUACGCACAAAGGGGUGGGACAAUUGGAUAACCAAACUGGGAGAAAAUGGGGAAAAAUCUGAAAAUAAAAUUAUUUUAAAAAAAGAUGACAACUUAUACAGGUCUGGUCCCAAGUUCUCAAGUUGUCUCCAUGGUCAGUUUGCAUACUAAUAUUCCAUGAUUUUUGGCAUGUCAUAAAAGGAGACAAUGCACAAGAUUGAUUUUCAUGGAAGGUGUCCAGAAAGCAUCAGCGCGGGUCUAAAGCUUCAUCUGUCUGUUCAUGUGAGUGCAUUGUCCCAGAAAUCUUUUUUGUUUGGGUGAUCUCUGGCUGACUUUAGUCUUGCCCUUAUGGUUUUAAUGGGGUGUCCUACUUAAAAGCAGAAGGAUGUAAUGUUAUUUAUGAAGAUAGACCAUGAGACUCACUGUGGUCAAUUAAUACUUUUAUUUAAACAUCAAACAUGCCUUGCCUGAUCGACUGCAUUUAGGGUACACACUUGAUUUCUCAUUGAACUAUCGCUUUAAGCAAGAAAUGACAUUCCUUCGAAAGCCAGACGUAAGCGCUGACCUGUCCAAAGAUGUACGCUGGCCUUCUUAUCCCCCUGCGUGACUUUGAAAGAAAAGAAACAGCACAUUCUAUCCUGGCCAACAAGAACAGGAGGGUGAAAACUGCAGUGUAAAGGGAAUCUCUCUGCUGAGCUUUACCAGACGUCUUUGCUCGAUGACGUCGUGCAUCAUAUCGCAGUACUACAGUACAAACCUCAAGUCCUCAAUGCUACCUGUGAUGGCAUGUAAUCCUGCCUGCUGCUGUUAGGCUGACCUUAGGCCCUGCCCAGCCUGUACACCUUCUAGCUGUGGUGUAGGCCAAGCUCUGCAUGUGCAAUAUUGAUGAUAUAGAUAUAGAAAUAUAUAAAUAAAACAUAUCAGCAGUACUGCAGGUAUAUCCAGUCACUCAGUGUGUUUACGCUGCUGUGUUUGUGCUUCUGUGAUCACUAUGACAUUUUAGCAGAGUUUAGAAAUCUAGCUUUAUUUUUAUCUCAGGUCAGAUCUUGUUUGUUUGACCCCAAACUCAUUCAUUAAUUAAUUCAUUCAUUCAUUCAUGAAUUCAUUCAUUCAUUAUUUCAUUCAUCCAUCUGUUUCCUUUGCUUGUGUUGCUGCUUGUGCUUUGUAUCGUCUUCCCGAGUCCCAAGUUCUACCAGAUCCUCCAUGUUUUGCUUUGUGUCUACAGGUCAUUCCUUGUCAUCAAGGUUUAAUCUGUCAAGUGGUUUUACUGGCCAUGUCCAUAUCUUCUCAGUUUUGAAGAGCAAUAUUGAUGAAACUCUUUUUUUUUUUUUUUACUGAAAACAAAACAUGAUUUGAUAUUCAUGUUUUAAGUAAAAACAUUUCUUUUGAUCAGAUGAAAAAUUGUCCAUUUAUUAAAUAGUAUAACAUCAGUAUAGUAUAGUAGAGACAUGGGUAACAUUGGUGCCUGAAUGUUGUGAACCCUUUAAAAUCUGUCUGUGAGCUGAAACUGGUGGGAGUUUGGGGGUCAUGCAGCAAAACAAUGACCCAAAGUUCUCAUUAUCUGCUUUUAGUUCUCAAAACGUUCCAGCACCACUUUAAAAAUGCUUGUUUUGAUUAGAUUAAUGUUAGCCAAUCACAAGCCAAAGCUGGUUAUUUUCUGCUUAAUCUGUAAAUGCUAGUUUAGAUAAUGUGGAAUAGGCAUUGCAAAUGUAUUUGCAUCUGCAAGGCAUUAUUUUAACAAUAAUAACCCAAAAUAAUGAUGAUGAUAAUAAUAAUAAUAAUGAUAAUGAUAUAAUACCCAAAAAGCUACACGCUACCAUGCACAGUAGUUGGGGAACCAUGGGAGUCCACCUGCAAUCAUAGGUGUGCUUCUUUUGGCUGUACUUCAAAGUGCUGCAAUUAUUUAUAAAAUGAUUGGUAGUUUGCAUAAGCUGGUAUACUCAUACUAUAGCUUAACUAGAUCCUGCAAGUUCUGCUAAUAGAAUAGAACUAUUUUAAGCAGAUUAACAUAAACCUAUUGGCCCCAUACCUAAUACCAACCAUGGGCUAGAGAUGUAUAAAAUCCCUCAGUAUUCUCUGGAAGGAUUGUGCUCCAUCUAGUACUUUCUAGAUGAGUUGGGGAUGAGGUUGGAUAGUGAUCAUCCUACAUAACCUCAAUAAUGCUCUUGUAGCUUAAUGCAAUCAAGUCCUCAAAGCAAUUCUUUAAACCCUAGAGUUGUUACUGCCAUUGUUACUGGCCAAGACAUCAUAAUAAUACCCUAAACCUUUAUAUACCUGGAAAAAAGUGGGUUCAGAAGAGCUCUAGAGUUCUCAAAUGGUAAAAUUUGAAAGGAACUCUAUGCCUAUGUAUACUGGGAAGGGUUUCUUCAAAUAUGCCUUUCAGCAAUUACAUAGAAGAACCACUUUAAGAAGAAAAUGCACCAAGUGUAUGUUCUUCAGACAUUUAAAUGGUUCUUUAUGGGACCAAACGUGGUUCUUCUGUGCCAUCGUCCAAAUGACUAUUUGAAAGACCUUUAUUUUUAAGGACACAGUGUAGCUGCAUUCUUCACCGCAGUCACACAAACCGAUUCCAACAACCCAUGGCUCAAUAUACAGUUAAUCAGACAGUGUUAAUAGUUGAUGGUCCUACAAUUGUCACAAUAAUCAACACUAACCACCAAUCCUGAGGAGGAUUGAAGAAGAGAUCAUUGAUGUUGCUCUUUAAUAGUCUAGUUUUGCACAAGUUGCAAAUGAGUAUCUUCUGUUUGCGUUAAAUGUAGCUGUUGAUCGUGCUUCAGAUGAAUGUAUGAAGAGUGUCAAUAUGUAUAAGUCUGCUCUGAUGAUGAUCACCCGUUUAUUUAUUUUUUUAGUUCAUUUUGUGUUAACAUGUGAUAUUUUUAAGUUCUGUACUGUAUAGAUCUGUACUUUCUGCCCUCUCUUUUCUCUCUCUUUUUCUCUCCCUCACUUCAUAUUUUACUGUUACUGCUAGAUUUAGCCGUUUGAGCUCUUGAUUUGUAACAAGCAUCUUCUGCUUUAAAUUUUGGUUACUGGGCUUGACAGAUGAAGACAAAAGAAGCUUUAAUUUUCUUCAUUCUGCAUUGUAAAGAGAGAGUAAGAGAGUUUCUCUAGGCUCGCAUUUAUUUUCUUUGUUGCACUGGGCUUAUGAUGGAAUUGAAUUCCUGAGGUCACAGUUCUAUUCAGUGUUUCCUGUUACAUAAGAUAUUUGUGAACAUCCAUGUUCAAUUUCCUUCCUUCACCAAGAAUUGUUGGAAGUUACUAUGUCUAUCAAAUGUUUGGGGACACUUAGAAGUGUAAUCAUUGUUUUGAAAUGAUUUAAUUUUUAAAAAUUAAAUCUAAAGGAAUAUCUUUGGAUAAAGGAAACCCAGCCUUGGGAAUACAUCUAAAACUCCACACAUAUUAUCUCAGAUUGCAGCUGUGCAAACCAAUUGGGUCCAAAAGAGGUUUAUUGUUUAAAUCCCCCUUGUGCCAGCAAAACAGCCCUGAUCUAUCAAGGCAUGGACAUGUACAAGAACUAUUGGGGUGUCCUGUGGUAGCUGACAACCAGACAUUAGAAGUAGAUCAUUUAAAGUCGCGUUCACACUGCAUGCAAUUUUCUGUGGUGUCUGAUAUGGUAAAAUCAGGCUGCCAAUCAAAGCUUAGCUCUGUUCAGCAGCAGAGCCCUGGAGUCAUGACUACAGACCAAACAAAUGAGCCUAAAGAGAUAAACCAGCAGAGAAGAUCUUAUACUCUGAUCCACACACUGACUAUAAAACUACAGAGCUGAAGGAAAUAGGUUCCGAAAUGAAGCUAAAAGGCAGACGAAUGAGGUACAUUACAUGCCCCUUGAGCUUGUGUGGAGGAAGAUAUUAAAGAGCAGAUAAAAGGAGCAGAAAACUUAUAAAUAAACUGAAAGAAUGAACCUUUAUGAGAGCUGUGGAAUGUGUAAAAACACAUUCCAUUGGUUUCCAACGUCAUAUUAACACAAAAACCCAACAUUUAGUGAUGAGAUACGGAGAACAAAACCCAACGACUGCUGAACUGGAUGACCAUCAAUCAAAAUUCAACAUGUGUCAAACAUCGGCACUUAAUAUAAACCCAGUGUGGUUUUUUUUUCACUGAUAUGUGACUGUACAAUGUUGAAGUCUGGUUGAAUUUUGAUUUUUAAUCAAAAAAUUCAACCAGAAUUUAGCAUUGUACAGUCAAAUGAGAAUCAAACACCUUUCCUGACUCCCAGUCUGGCUACUGGGGUUUGUUUAAAAUUUAAAAUUUCCAAAUGUCCCCAAACCUUUGGUGUCCAGUGUACAUCUUUAUGUAAACUUGGAUAACACCACCACAUAUCAAAACUACCACCUGCCAUUCAUUAUAGGACCUUUUCACAUGUACACACAUAUAUUUCACUAUAGGAAGUAUUUGGCGUAUGUGAAAGCACUACUGUAACGUAACAUCAUUUCCAUUGAGAUGUUUUUGUUAGUAAUUUUACUUUAAGUUAAAGUUACUUGUUUCAAGUUAAAGAAUACUCUUCUAUUUCAUUUACUUUGAUGAUAUUCAGUCAAUGCAAAUGUAGUAAAGUGUCUACAAUCAUGUUUAUAUCGUAAAUGAGACUUGUAUAUUAUCGUCAGCCUUGCCCGUCUCCUCUCUCCCCGCCCGCCUGCCCGCCCACUCUGUCCGCAGUACAUGUCGUUAGGUCUUUGGCAGGUUUCAGUGUGGCUAACCUAUGCAAUUCUACGGUAGUGCUCUAUAUUACUUGUAGACACACAGCCUGUGGUGUGGCUGGGUAGUUUAGUGUUGCAGGUAGUCUGACUUUCUUGUGUUUCUGCAGUGUAUUAUUGCGCAUUCCUGUCAUCAUAAAGAGAAAAUAAUGCUACCAUGAUGAUGAAAUGAGUCUGAUCGAUACUUGAGUACCGCAGAGGUUUCAUUAAUCUGGAGAAAAAGAUGUAUUAUCUAUCAGCGUGCUCCUUCUAUUUUUAUGAGAUGAAAAAAAAAAUAAUUUCAAAACGAGUGGGAUGGUGAAUAAACAUGUAAAUGUGAACAGAUA